UUCUACAGAUACAAAAACUCUAGGGUUUUAAGAGGGUUUACCGACGCCACCGCUCAGAGCCAAUUCUCCGCCGCCUCGCCGCCGUCUCCGACCUCGCUUUACUUCUUCAAUUCUGCAAGAAGCCAUGGGAAAGAAGGAAAAAUCAUCGAAAAGGAAAAAUCGAGAGACCAGAGUCGGCAGUGAGGUUUUGUUGCAGAAGAGUAUUGGAGAUAAAGAUGGAUUUGAUGCUGUCGAUGACUUGAGUGAACCAACCAUGGGUGAAAAACUUGCAAGCCUCAAAUUGGAAGGAAAGGAUGAUGUCCUUAACCCUGAAAAUGCAGACUCUUCUCUUGUGGUAAAGCCACCUAGUGCAGACUCGGUUAAUAUCUUAGUUAAGCAAGCACUGCAUGCUGAUGACCGAGCCCUUCUCAUAGAUUGCUUAUACAGACAGGAUGAAAAGGUCAUUGCAAACUCACUAUCAAUGUUGAAUCCUUCUGAUGUCCUCAAGUUCUUAAAGUCUCUUGUGCCGAUAAUCCAAUUAAAGGGUGCCGUUUUGGCCUGUGCUCUUCCAUGGCUCAGAAGUUUACUUCUUCAGCAUUCUAGCAGCAUAAUGUCUCAAGAGUCUUCCUUGGCUGCUCUAAACUCUUUAUAUCAGAUAAUAGAAUCAAGAGUCUCAACCUUCAACCCAGCUCUUCAACUAUCAAGUUAUUUGGACUUGCUUUAUGCAGAGUCUGUUUACGACGAAGUGGAGGAGAAUGAUGUGAUUGCACCUGUUAUAUAUGAAGAUGAGGAUGAUAGUGACGACGAUGAAAGUGAUGCCGAUUCUUCCAUGGAAGUUGACACUGUGGAAGAUGGUGACGAACCUAUACUCUACAGUGAUAUCAGUGAUGCUGAAGAGGAUGGAAGUGACUAAACUCAUCAUCAAAUUCUUUGCUGCCUGACAUGUAUGUAUAAGCAAACUCUAUCACUCAUAGUUCAAAAAGUGUAGAAAACUGAAUUUUUCUUUGAUUUCUAUCACUAUCCCCCAAUGCUCCAUUCUUGUCAUGACAAUGUUUUGAAUUUCUGCGUAUCGUUUUAACGUUA